ACACAGCUUGUGAGGAAUUCACUACGGAGACUCCGAUUAUUGACUGCGAUCCUGCUUUUGAUUUUGUUUCUGGUUCCUCGACUUGCUCUUGUUUAUGCUGCUUACCUGACACCUGUUCAUUAUUCAUCUUCUCUUUAAAUACAUUGUUUGGUUAAAAAAUAACAGAGGUCAGGUCACAGCCGUGAUGUUAUUGACCAUGAUGUUAAGGAGUGAUCAGCACACUGCCUUCAUCUCAUUCACUUCAGGAGAGAGACAGAAAAAAGAGAACGACUGUUUAUAGCUGCUAUAACGUAGGAACAGGAACUCGUUUCACCGUCGUUCCACAGCAUUAAAUACGUGUGUGUGUGUGUGUGUGUGUGUGUGUGUGUGAGAGAGUUGGGCAUGCAGUAGGAGGAAAAACACAUUUUUCAAGUUUUUCUACUCUGCAGCCUGCAGGGUAUCUCUCUAUCUCUCUCUCUCUCUAUCUCUCUAUCUCUCUCUCUCUCUAUCUCUCUCUCUCACACACACACACAUGUCGGAAAUGCAUUUAGUGUGUGUGUGGGUAUGAGUGUGUGUCUGUAUAUAAGGAAUGAACUGAGCAAACUGGCUGUGUAAACACACUCAUCACACAGCGUGAAGAUUUCAGUGAAAGCUUUUACUCAUUAAUAAGAUAUGAGAUGAGACGUGAGAGAAGACGUGAGAGGAGACGUGAGAGAAGACGUGAGAGGAGACGUGACAGGAGACGGAUCGUCCUGCAGCAGUGUGUGAGAUACAGCUGAAGAGAACCAGGAUGGCAAGUGACUUGGACCGGCAAACUGUUUUCCGCACCACGAAGGUCCGGACGGCUCUGCGUAAAGACGGCAGCUGGAUCCGCCGGAGCGCCGAGAAACCGACGGAUCAAGAACCGUGUGAAUCUCCAGUCUUGGUUAAUCUCAUCAGCGUGUCCUCUGUAGAAUCCAGUCCAAUCGCCACCUCCAAUAGCUCCGCCCCUAAAAGUCCCACCCCACUGAGUCCCACCCCACUGAGUCCCACCCCACUGAGUCCCACCCCUCAGAGCCCCACCUCUGGUCAGGCCACGCCCACUUCUCCAGGAUGGAGAGGCAAAAGGGGAGGCUCGUACGUGCUGUCAGCAUUGAGGAAGUUUGAAACUAUGGAAUCACCAGAGAGCACACCGGCAAAAAACAAUUCCAGUUUGUCCAAAAGCCCUGAAGGUACAUCUGGGUUAAGACAGGUCGAACCAACACCGAAACCUGCUGAAUUCAAUGUCAUUGAUGCAGUUACGGCACCUGCGGUAAAGACAACUGAAGUCACAGCACCUGUGGUAAAGACACCUGAAGUUACGGCACCUGCGGCAAAGACACCAGAAGUCACGGCACCUGCGGCAAAGACACCUGCCGUUACGGCACCUGCGGCAAAGACACCUGCCGUUACGGCACCUGCGGCAAAGACACCUGACGUUACGGCACCUGCGGCAAAGGGACCUGACGUUACGGCACCUGCGGCAAAGGGACCUGACGUUACGGCACCUGCGGCAAAGGGACCUGACGUUACGGCACCUGCGGCAAAGGGACCUGACGUUACGGCACCUGCGGCAAAGACACCAGAAGUCACGGCACCUGCGGCAAAGUCAACUGAAGUCACGGCACCUGCGGCAAAGUCAACUGAAGUCACGGCACCUGCGGUAAAAGCACCUGAAGUUACGGCACCUGCGGCAAAGACACCUGAAGUUAUGGCACCUGCGGCAAAGUCAACUGAAGUCACGGCACCUGCGGUAAAAGCACCUGAAGUUACGGCACCUGCGGCAAAGACACCUGAAGUUACGGCACCUGCGGCAAAGUCACCUGAAGUUACGGCACCUGCGGUAAAAGCACCUGAAGUUACGGCACCUGCGGCAAAGUCAACUGAAGUCACGGCACCUGCGGCAAAGUCAACUGAAGUCACGGCACCUGCAGCAAAGACACCUGAAGUUACGGCACCUGCGGUAAAAGCACCUGAAGUUACAGCACCUGCGGCAAAGUCACCUGACGUUACGGCACCUGCGGUAAAAGCACCUGACGUCACGGCACCUGCGGCAAAGUCAACUGAAGUCACGGCACCUGCGGCAAAGUCAACUGAAGUCACGGCACCAGCGGCAAAGUCACCUGAAGUUACGGCACCUGCGGUAAAAGCACCUGAAGUUAUGGCACCUGCGGCAAAGACACCUGAAGUUACGGCACCUGCGGCAAAGACACCUGAAGUUACGGCACCUGCGGCAAAGACACCAGAAGUUACGGCACCUGCGGCAAAGGCACCAGAAGUAACGGCACCUGUGGUAAAAGCACCUGAAGUUACGGCACCUGCGGCAAAGUCAGCUGAAGUUACGGCACCUGCGGCAAAGACACCUGAAACACCUGAAGCUGAAACGCUUGCACCACUUGUACAAGAGCAGCCUGCAUUUGAAGAAGCAGUGAAACGGACACCUGAAGCACCUGCACCUGUCUCUUCAGCAGCUCCUGUCGACAGCACACCUCAGACCGACAGUGCUGCUAUUCUGCUGUGUUCCUUCUGUAACAAAUCUAUGGAAAGCAAUGAGAAGAUUUCUCUGAACAUUCCUCCAAUCACCUGCCACAUAAGCUGCUUUCAGUGUGCUACGUGUGCUAAACCGCUAGGUGACUUGAUGUCCCCCAUGUUCCACCACCGUGGGAAGAUUCACUGUGAGAAAUGCUUUAAUAUCGUGCUUCACAGCAUGUAAGCCAUCGCCAUGGCAACAACACAAGAGUAAUAUGUCUGCUCUAUCUAUUGAUUAUAUCUUCUUUCUUUUUUUUAUUUUCUAAGUAGAUUGAUACAGAAGUGCAAAAAGUGAGUGUGUGUGCUAAUCCUUUUUUUUUUUAUAUUAAAUAUCCUUUCUUUCCUUUUUAAGAUUCAUUUAAAGUUUUCAUUUAAAUAAAAAUGUGGAAACUUUCAUUGUGUGAAAUAAAGCAACUAAAGUUUUAA